UACAACAGCUAUCUGUGAGCAGAGAUGGCGGGCGCCUCCGACCCCCUGGAAGAUAUGCUCUUUUCAGAGGUGGAUGAAAAGGCUGUGAGUGACCUAGUGGGAUCGUUGGAGUCUCAGCUUACAGGCCAAAGCAACGCACCGGGUAAACCAGACGAAAACGGAGGUGCUGGCUCAGUGGCACAUGCUAACCAUCACUUGGGAAAAACGCUCCCAGCUCCAGGAGGUAUCAUAACACAGGAACAACAACAACAAGGACGCUGUAAUAAACCCGGGAUGCGCCAGGGUAACAAUUCAAAAAGCGCCAUUCCAGAUAAAAGCAUCACCUCUCCUUCUUCGGACUGCUCACAGUCUUUCGGUGAGACAUCCACUUCUCCACCUGCCGCUGUGAACGCCUCUAACAGCAGCCUACAAUCACAUGGAGCAUCCGUCACAACACUAUCUGCAGCUGGCGUGUCAACUCUGACAUCUACGGUCAGCAUCAGCACCGCGGCAAACCGGAGCCAUAAGGUCUCAUCCAGUCCGACCGAAACCUCAACGGGGGUUAUAUCACCGAGAAAGCGCUUAACUACCCCGCGGAGGACUGCUGCUGCUGCCCGCGUUAAGAGUUUGAACGGAGCCGCUCUAACGACGAGGAGGAACAGCAGCAACACCGCAACAGCAGAAUCUCCCGGAGAGAGCAGCGCAUCACCCAACUCGCCCAGGUCUGCACCUCCCUCUGCGAACACUUCAACUUUUACCCUUUCGUCAGGGCAGGCUGCGAUUGCUCUAGACCGGGGUACUCCUACUAUUGCUCUCCACAGACUACCUAACCAUAUCGUGGCCAGCAUAGCCCAAAACGGUACCAGUGUAUCCGCUUUGGUAGAGCGGGGUGCUCACAUAGGACCCGUCAACACCACAGGAACUCAUCACAGUACUAAAGAGGCUGGAGAUUCAGUGACUCCCUGUACUGAAGAAUCUCUCUCUAAAUCUGAACUGUCAAGUCAGACUGCUCAUAUGAAUUCAGAUAACAAUUCAUCAGAUACUGCCUCUACCCCCACAACAUUAGCAGCUACAACAACAGUAACCACUACAACCACCAAUCAACCUCUGAACUCUGCAUCUAUGGCUCCCAGUAAUCUUUCAGUGGUGGCAACAUCAUCUAUAUGUGGUACUGGACAAUCUACAGUCACUACAAUUACUACUGUGGCCAGACCAGCCGCUGCCUCUCCAACACCUGCCGUUGUCACUUCUCCACAGCCCCGUCCAGGAGUCACAGCACCUCAAAGGAUUGUAACUCCUCAGUUGAUUGUCAGACCACCUCAACAGCAAACAACAAUACAGCUCCCUCCUGGGUUCACCAUUCCACCUGGAAUGGUGUUGGUGCGCACGGAACUCGGGCAGCUCGUGAUGGUUCCUCAGCAUGCUUUGGCCCAAGCCCAGGCACAGGCACAGGCCCAAAACAACACUAGCCCACGCCCAGCCAUGCCCACCACUGGGACUCCCUUCAGAGUUACUACUCCACAGUCUCCUGUGAUCCCUCAGACCAACAGACAGUGUGCUUUGACCCCAUCCAAGAUGGCCCCUUCUCCCUGUCCUCCUCCAUCCAGUCCUGUCCACCAGACCCCAUCGUCUUCCUCCUCUUCCUCCUGUCCUGCACUGCGCCCUAAGGGCCCUGUGGCAGUGGCUGUGACGACAUCACAGCAGACCCCUGUGGUGAUUGCCCCCCAGGUUUCAUCCCAGGCUGCUUCUCAGUCAGUGCCGGCGGCUCAGACGGCCAUCGCCACCACACCUGGAGCACCUGUCGUGUCCCAGGAGAUGCAAGAGAAUGUGAAAAAAUGUAAGAAUUUUCUGGCUACUCUGAUCAAACUUGCAUCUCACAACUCUCCAUCCCCUGAGACAUCCAAGAAUGUCAAAGCUCUGGUUCAGGACCUACUGGAUGCUAAGAUUGAGCCUGAGGAGUUUACCAGCCGCCUUCAGACUGAGCUGAAAUCAUCUCCACAACCGUACUUGGUCCCAUUUCUUAAGAAAAGCCUACCGGCCCUAAGACUGUCCUUGCUGAACAGUCAGCAGUCACUGACACAGCCUCCUCAGCAGGGAAUCAAACCCGUGCCCAGCAGUGUGGCCCCUGCCAUCGUGACUGGACCAGCUGUCCGCACACGACACCCUAAUAGUGUGACCACCACUAUUGGUGCCAGUACUCUUCCUGCAAUGGGUGUCAAGGCAACUGGUGCUGUUAGUGGGCAAGUGCGCAUGCCAGUGGUGAUCACGCAGUCCAUUAGAGCACAAGGCACAAUGGGGAAAGGAACCACUAUCCAGGCUGGCAAAAGUCCCAUCGGCCUGGCUGUUCAGAUCUCUGGGAAUCAGAAAAACAAGCUCAACGACCCCGGAGGAGGCUCUUUCAGAGAUGACGAUGACAUCAAUGACGUGGCCUCUAUGGCUGGGGUAAACCUCAAUGAGGAGAGUGCACGAAUUUUGGCUACCAACUCAGAGCUGGUGGGAACCCAGAUCCGCUCAUGCAAAGAUGAAGCCUUCUUACAUCCAGGCCUACUCCACAGACGCAUUCUCGAAACAGCCAAGAAAUAUGGAGUCACAGAGGUACCAAUGGAGGCAGUGACAUUCAUUUCACAUGCCACGCAGUCUCGACUUCGGACAAUGGUGGAAAAGGUCUCCACUAUUGCGCAGCACCGACUUGACUCCUGUAAGGAGGACGAGAGCUAUGAGCAGACUGCAGAUGUGCGUUCCCAGCUCCGGUUCUUCGAGCAGCUGGAGAGAAUCGAGAAGCAGAGGAAGGACGAACAGGAGCGAGAAAUUCUACUGAAAGCUGCAAAAAGCCGCUCCAGGCAGGAAGACCCAGAGCAAGCACGACUGAAACAGAAAGCUAAGGAGAUGCAACAGCAGGAACUAGCGCAGAUGAGACAGCGAGAUGCUAACCUUACAGCCCUAGCAGCCAUUGGUCCACGUAAGAAACGGAAGCUAGACUCACCUGGGAGCACACCAUCAGGGACAGAGGUUGCUGGUAGUAUGGCCAGUUCUCCAGCAGGCUCUUCAGCCCCUUCCUCCUCCUCACGCCAAUACACACGCCAGCGCAUAACUCGGGUCAACCUCAGGGACUUAAUCUUCUACAUGGAGCAAGAGAGAGACAUGGCCCACUCAGUGCUGCUGUACCGGGCUUUGCUCAAGUAGCAAACAACCUCCUCCUCCUGCCACGUGCCUUCAGAUCAGGUCCAGCGUUUCAGCUCUGUAUUUUCUCUUUCCUCUAGUGAUGUCUGUUGUCAUUUUAAAACAAAAAUAAGAAACAUAAGAAAACAUUUUCUUAUCACAUCUUUUUGUAUCAUGUUCAUGCAUGUGGUAUGUUUGCUUUACAUAUGUUUCACAUUUGAUGGUAGCUGUUUGUUAAACAUUGUUAGCAGUAUCUUUGAUAAACCACCUCAAUGAAUAGAUUAUUUUGUGGUAACCUCAAUAUUCAGUUUGAGCUAUUAGUUCAAAGAAUGUAAUAGCUGAACACUAUACGAGAUUACUAUAUGUUGUAGAUUCCACAUCACAGCAUCCACUUCGAUCCUGUACUGUAUGUGUAAAUAUCUGGAUUAUUUUACAGCAUGUAUAUUUUACUACGCUUUGUAAACAACUAAAAAGAAGAAUCCAUAUGUCAGUGUUAUAUAUGUUUUAAAACAGAUGAAAAUUAUUAUUACUUUUUUUUUUUUAUCAAUGGAGUGUGUUCCAAUGCAGACCCUCUGAAGGUCACAUGACCACAGUAAGUUUCCAAUAGGUCACCACAGAUUCUACACUGAUGUAAAAAUAGUAGUACUGACUUGAUGUUGUGUCCUUGAAUGUUGGUUUUAGCAUGACCAGAAUUUUUGGCAGAGGGACGAAUCUGAAUAAAACUUAUACUUAAAAUUCAAUUUCACUAAAGGAAUUCCUAUGAGCCUCCAAACUCUGCAACAAACUGAAGCUCAAAGGUGUCUGCAGAAGCACUUAGUUCACCUCCAUUAUGUCUUACUGCAUUCACAUUUGAAAUAGCAGUCAAAUCAUUCCAUUUCUUUACCUUUUAUCUUUUUAAUUGUAUGAUUUUUAAUACAUUUCAUUGUUUGUUGCCGUUUUAAUCAUGUAUUAUGCACCAUUGUCAUUUAUGUUUUUUUAUAUAUUAUUUAAAUAUUGAACUCUAUGCAGCUUGUAUUCUUGUAAUUACAAAAAAAAAUAUGAAUUUAAAAUUCUGACCGCACUUUUUAUUACCUUUUGCCUGACAACUAAAAGUUGUCCCUGUAUUUUAGGAAAAAAAAAACGAACAACUUUUAAUUAGUAAACAUUGUUGCCAAUUGUCUGCUUUUUUAACAAUAAUAUAUUUAAUUUUUCUUUUUGAAUUGGCUUUUAUGCGUGACACAUUUUGGUAAAAAUGAGCUCUAUGUUUACUGACAAGCACAACUCACUGGUGGAGAGUCCAACAGUUUCUGUGGUUUCAGGCGCUUUCACAAGUGAACAUUUCUACAGCUUUUUAGCCAAAAGACUAGAACAAUAUUCCUGAUGUACUCACAAAAUAUCUUUUCAGUUGAGAAUGAUUUGUAAAUAUUCUUUACAAAACUAUGUGAUUAUUAGAACCACAGUAUUUUUGGUAAACCGUUGUACAUAUCUUGAAAAUGUUCUGUUUGUGUGAAAAACAGUACUUAUGUAUUUGUACCUAUUUUGUAAAGGAAUAAAUAAGCUGUUUACUAAA